UCCCAUCUGGGACGGCAGGACUGAAAGCCGCGGAGCAGCAGUGCUCGGGAAGGGAGUGGGCACCAGCGGCAACCGCACUUCUGAACAGUCAGUCAAUGCCAUCCCGCAAAGAAACAUGGAUGAACUGCUACUUCAGGAGGAUUUGACGAUGCCGCUGUAAAAAUGCGUCCACAGCGCGCCUCCCGCUUCUUUGCGCUUUUUCUUUUCCUCUGUAGUGCUUGGAGGUCGCUGGCGAAAUCACUGCCGAGCCCGGGACCAGUUGAAGUCCUGAUUAAAGUCCAGGUCUUCGACAACAGUGACUUGUCACCUCUUAGGGAAUCCACAGUCCAAGUGUGUGGAAACCAAACAAUCCUAGCAUCCAACCUUGUGGGAGAAGAUGGGAUUGUCACACUUACAUUCUUGUACCGGCCAGGAACAUGGGUCAUCGUCACUGCAUCAAAGCAUGGAUUUGUCACGAACUCCGCACCAUGGCAUGCCAGCCGUGUCCCAUUGUACGCCUCCGUAAGUCUCUACCUACUUCCUCAGAGACCAGCAACUCUCCUGCUGUAUGAUGAUGUGGUGCAGUUACUGUUGGGUUCACCAGGGUCCCGGAGACAGCCAUGGGUACAGCUUCAGAGAAGAGCCAUCCAACCACCCCUAAACAACUCCCAAAUCACCCUCUCUGCAAUGCUGACCUCUUCCCGCAGUCAGUAUGAGCUUGGAGGCUUUCCCUACCCACUCGCCAUGGACAACAAUUCAACAGGAACCAACAGUAGCUGGGUGGAGCUAACUGCACUAGCUGCAAUGUGCGCUCAGCUCACUGGGCCCAACGGCACUGAGGUUCAGGUGUCAGAACCCAUUCACAUCUCCAUCCCACUUCCUUCUGACUCUCCUCUUAAGACUGCCACCAGUGUCCCAGUCUGGAGGUUUGAGGACAAGACAGGUCUAUGGGUCAGAAGUGGUGCAGGAUACAUUAAAAAAGAGGACACUCAAAUGACAUGGAGUUUUGUGGCUCCAAAGUUAGGAUACUGGCUUGCAGCAUUUCCGUCAACCUCAGGAUCUGGUCUGAACACUUCUGGACUAAGAGACAUCACUACCUACCACACCAUUUUCCUGCUGGCGAUUCUGGGUGCCAUGGCACUGCUAGUGCUUAUUCUUUUGUGUUUGCUACUGUACUACUGCAGGAGGCGAUGUUUAAAACCUCGGCAGCAUCGGCGUAAAAUGCACCUAUCAUCCACUCUUGAGAGCUCAAAGAGAGACCAGGGCACAUCCACUUCUCACCUCAACCUGAUCAGUGGUGGACACAUGGAGACAGCCUCCUCAACUGGUGAUCUCAACAGCUCUCGAGAUGACUUCUUUAAACAUGGUCCCACCCAAAGACAACACAACUCCAGGACGAAUGCUGACUCAAAACGAGGAGAGAGCUUCCCAUUGAAAGCUACACGCUCUUCAAACACAGGAACUCGAGAUCUGCUUCUUCAGGAUGACUACGGCAAAGGUUACAGCUCUGCUGAGGACUCAGAUGAUCGCAAAUACAAUCACCAUAAUGCUAAAGACAACCAGGGCUAUUCAUCAGACCCACCAUCUCCACCUCCACUUUUGCCACCAUUUGCCGGCCACUACCAGGAUCUCAAUCGGGACAGCAAGCCUCCAGAGUAUUAUGCAUCAGCAGGGGAUCACCUCAAUCGGCCCUCUUCGGUCAAUACCCAGCCUGGCCAACUGAUCUUCUGUCACUCAAUGGAGCAGAUGAAAGAGAGCAUGUACCACAGCAUGGUACCCACAUUGGUCAUCCCUGCACAUUACAUGCAUCUGUCCUCUGACUUGACAGCUGUGGAGCAGGCAAUGGAACGGCAACAACAGCUGCAGCACGAUAUGGAGGGCAUCCAGGUUAGUAUGACUCUACCAAGGCAGCAGAAUCAAAAGCAACAACAGCAGCAGGCCAGGGCUGAUAAUGAAGAGGAAGAGUCAGGCAAACAAGCAGAUGGAUCUUCGGAGGAGAACUGGGGAUCAGACCAAUCCAGUGCCCCAGUACGUAUUCCAGUGCUUUUCAAUGAUUCAACCAUUGCUCAAAUGAAUGGAGAGCUGCAAGCGAUGACAGAGAAGAAGUUGCUGGAGCUUGGGGUGAAGCCACACCCUCGUGCCUGGUUCGUUUCCCUUGAUGGCCGUUCAAACUCUCUUGUUAGACACUCCUACAUUGAGCUGAGCAAUGAAGCCUUGCGUCCACCCAUGGGCGCCUGCAAUCAAACACUAGACCAGCGUACUGAAGCAAUCCCCACGAAUUCAGGGAAACCUUCCCACCGAAAAUUAAAAGAGGAUGGCAAGGUAAAGGAGGGAGGUGAAAGAAAAGCUCAUGGUAAAAUUUAUUCCAAGCUUCCCGUUAUUGAAACUCCAGACUCAAGCAGCGAGAGCCAUUCAGCCAUGUACUCACCUGAGGAGAACUCAACAGCGCCGCUACUUGAUGAAACUGCAGAGGUGUCCAAAGGUGGGACGUUCCCGCGUAAAGGCCGCAGCCGAGACAACAGCACCCGUAGUAGUGCCAGUGAGGUCCACCGAGACUCAGUCACCAGUCCUGAUGACGAUAAUGAUGACAAAGAUGAUGACGGAGAGAAUAAGAAGAGCCCCUGGCAAAAGCGUGAAGAAAGACCCCUCAUGGUGUUUAAUGUCAAGUAAUGCUGCCCAGGACUGGUUAGGGCAUCGUCUUGGCUGUACCCUUCUUUUGCAUAGAUACUCACUAGUGAUGAGGUGUGAGGAUACAGAGCUGGAAGAAAGUCUGAUGAAAAGCACAAUAUGAGAUAUGGCACUUACUUGAGUGAUCUGUUUCAACCAUCAAGACUAGGUACAAAGAAUAAGCACUGAAUGCCACCUGCAAAGAAGCAUCUGAAGUCGUCACACCCUCUUAGAUAUCCUUCAGACAGUUUAUACACCUGAUGUUGUUCUGGCAGUUCAUCAGGUCAAAGGGAGUUGAACUGAAUCUCAAGAUGUUGUCUUGCUUUCUUUGAGGGUUACCCAGUUUUUGUAAGAAUGACCAUGAGCCAUUUUAAAACUAACUUUGGGAAGCAAUCCAUAAGCCUUAAAGAGCUUUUUCCUUUACUUAAGAAAUAUAAAUGAAUAUAAAUUUGAUAUGAAUGAAACAGAGGGCUGUUGUAAGAUUUCCAAGAUAAGUUUAGAUUACUUUUAUUCUAGUGGUUUACUCAAAUGUUUUAUUUGUUUAUAUGAGUAAUUAGAGCUGAACCAAUAAGAUGUGUACAUUUCACAAACAGGAGUGAAAUGGUUGCUGAAUAAAUGUGUUUAUUCUUUGUGACUGAUCCUAGUGGUUGACACACAAUGACACUGUAUUUUGUACUGUUGGUAAAAAGUUCCCCUUUUUUACUUAUCUAAAACCAGUGUUGCCAUUUUAUAAAAUAUCUUAAUCAAACUGUUUGGACUAGGAAAGCUGCUCUUAGAUAAGAAUAAAAGGUUCUGCUUGCACGCAGAACACAUUUUGUACUCUGAAUAAGCCUUUCCUGCUGGGUCAGUCCACCAAUAGGAAUUAUAUUUUGAGGGACUUACCUUGGACGCCUGUGAAAAUGUUUUCUCACUAAUCUGUGCUGCCGUGCAUCAGGACUUUUGCCAUACUUCAGAACCACUUCAACUCAACUCUAACUGUGGAAGUACAUUUUUGAACUUUUAUGGACUUCUUGUGUGUGACUGAAAAUACAGAUUGUGCUUUAAAUGGAUGUGCAUGGAUGAAUUUACUCAAAACAAAACAAAAAAUGUACCGAGUAUUUUUUUAAAAACAAGUAUUGCUUGAUUAAGCGCUCUUACUAAACUCUGUGAACCACUUAUUUGUAAAUAACACAUUAGUAAAUUUACACUCUCACUUGA